AUGCCACUCGUCGGCUGUCCCCGCCGCGGUCCGCCGCUUUCACUCGCCUGCCGCCGCCGCCGCGACUUGUAUCGGGCCCGAGCCGUCGCGCCCAAAUGCGAGGCCUCCUCCUCUCCUCCGCUCCUGACCCGGAGAGUGUCCGCUGCCUCGCUGCUUCUCGCUGUCAUCCCCAUCCCCGCGUCGUCGCCGCAACUCCCCGUCGCCUCCGCGUUGGAGGCGGAGGCGGCGGAAGGAGAACGCGGAGCUUCCGAGGGGCUAGAAUUGGAGAGGUACACCGACCAGGAGCAGGGCUUCACCCUCCUCAAGCCGACCUCCUGGCCCAAGGUGGAGAAGGCAGGCGCGACGGCGCUGUUUCAGCAGGAGGGAAAAGGGAGUAACAACAUCGGGGUUGUCGUCAACCCCGUUCGGCUCAAUUCGCUGACGGAGUUCGGGACGCCGCAGUUCGUCGCGGACAGACUUCUGCAAGCAGAGAAGAAAAAGGAAAGUACCAAGUCUGCCGAGGUGAUCUCAGUGGGAGAGAGAUCAGGUCAUGGUGGCCUGACAGUGUAUGAAAUCGAGUACACACUGGAUAGCACUAGGGGAGGGAUGAAACGGAUCUUCUCGGGUGCAUUUGUUGCUUCAAGGAAGCUAUAUCUGCUGAACAUAGCCUAUUUAGACACCCAGGAGAAGCCCUUGGACAGCGAGACAAGAAUUGUUCUGGAAAAAGUUCUACAUUCUUUUGAUUCUGUAUAG